AGCACUGCGAGCUCGAAGCUGUGGUAACUUUAGGAAGUGUGACAUUCACUGGGCAGAAUGUGAGGUCCUGUUGCUAUAAUACACACAUAUUUUUACCCGUACUACCAAAGGGAGAGAUGGUGAGGCCAUGUACUUCAGCAACCAUGAGCCAGCACAUUGGGAAAUUCUAUAGAUCUGCAGUGUCUUCAUUCAUCUUCUUCUUGGUGGUGGAUGUACGAGUUACUGGCAGAGAUGCAAACAGGGAGAACGCAGCAGCUGUAACUCAUGUAACAGCACAGCCUUUGUUGUUGACACCUGAGCCGUGGAACCUUUUGGUGACUCAAACGCCAGCCAAGGAGAAAGCCAAAGAGGGUGAAACUGUGGUCUUGAACUGUCAUCUUAACAGUCCGCAGCGUCCCUCCCUGACUGACCUGAUGGUGAAGUGGUACAAAGAAGAUGAAAAGGGCCAGAUGGACCUGCUAGAAAAGAAUGUGACCAUGUUGCCAAAUAACUCCAGGGUCUUCAUGAGUGGAGACUUGUCCCAAGGGGAUGUUUCCUUGAUUAUCCUCAAUGUGACAACCAGUGACCAUGGUAUUUAUUUCUGUGAGGUUACACUUCCGGAUGGGAAGGUGGUGACAGGAGACGGCACAAAGCUCAGGAUCAGGAGGGCUCUGGGCUUGUUUGGAAUAGAAGAAUCCAUUGGAACAAUCAUUGCGGUUGUGGCAGCUGGUAUUGGAGGCAUAGCGGUUCUGAUCAUUGUUUUAACCCCGCAGCUGAGGAAGUGCAUCCUCUGCAUGGGACAAGAGUCUUGCCAAAGCAUAGCUUGAGGUGCAGCAUUAGAGGAGUUGCUGGGAUAUGCGAAGCCUGCAGGUGGAACAACUUCUGAUGCCCCAUAAGUGGAGUUCUAGAUGGAAUAAAAGCCUUUGCCUCUA